GUGUCACCAUCACCAAAAUUACACUUUUAAAAUUUAUUUAUUUUCAUUGGACAUAUCAGAAUUUUGGAAAAUGAAAGAGUUGGAAAAUGAAAGCAAGAUUCAAUGAUAGCUAUAACUUUUCCAAACGUGUAUCAACCACAAUCAUCACCACAAACGAUCUAUCUUUCUCCAACUGCCCACAUUGUUGUGAGGAUUAAAGGUGCCCGGAAAAUUGAAGCUGGUCACCUAACAGAGCAUAAUUUAUUGACACACCCGCUUCUGUGGCCGUUCGCUCAUGAUCAAGUUGCACGCUCACCUAUAGUACCACAGCGCGUCGUACUGCAGUUGGAUUAUCCUUACGAAGAUCGAACCAAUACUAUUCAUUACUCUGCGGUUUUAAAAAAUCUGAUGGACAUUCAAAAUAAUAUUCAGCCUUCCGAGUGUUUUAUAAUAGACGAAACAAAUGUUUAUUAUGCUAUGCUACACCCUGAUUACACACCAGGUACUAGAUUGGGUCAUGGUGUAAUUGAGAUACGCGCUCAAGAUCCACUAAAUCAAGAAAUGGAAACAGUUUUUAUGGGGACCAUACAACAAGUGAAUCCCCGAACAACGACCUUCCCAGAGUGGAUUAAACCUAUGCUUCCUAAAAAAUCUAAAAAAUCCUCAUCUGGAGCCGGUCCAUCCAGUGGGCCAAACAUACACUGA